UAAUAAUUUACUAAUCUGACCUAGUAUGAAACUAAUUGGAAUCAUAUUAUCCCUCCUCCUUAUCUCAGCGAUGGCUAAGAACAAAUGCAGGAUUUUGAGCUUAAGCUCAGGCACAGAAAAAGUUGCAUACCAAGUAGGAGCCUUAAAGGCCCUUAUAGAGAACCUUGACGCAGAAGAAGUUCAAUAUGAUGUCAUCUCUGGAGUUUCCUUUGGAGCAUUCAAUGCAGCAAUGAUGGCUGUCCAUGAAAAAGGGGAUGAACAAGCCGCCAUUGAUGAGCUAUAUGAUAUCUGGAAGAAUGCUAAGGACAUCAAAACUUACCAGAACUGGUGGUUCGGACCUAUCCAAGGCAUAGUUAAUCAAGGCGGCCUUUAUGAUAGCAAGCCAUGGGAUGAGUUCCUUGAGAAGACCAUUGACGGGAGAGAACCAAAAAGAAUGAUGACUCUUGGAGCGGUUAAUGUUGAAAGCGGAAAAUAUGUCGAUUUGAUCAAUUUAGUAACUCCAAAUAACCUCCAAGAUGCAGUUAAUGCAGCCACAGCUCUUAAUAUCUUCUUCCCUCCAGCCAAUGAGUUUGGAUCAGACUGGUUCGAUGGUUCUGGUGUAUGGCCUGUUGAAGUUAUUGGUCCCAUUAGAAGAUGCGAACAACAAGGAUUCAACAGAAAAGACAUUAUCGUUGAUGUUUUAAUGACAAAUUCCUAUGACCUCCCGGCAAGAAAUGCUUCUAAUGACUCUACCAUUCCAAGUGCAUUGAGAUACUUUGAAAUUGCUGAUUUCUACGCUGGAGUUAAUGGAAUUGCUAGAGCUAUUUCAAGCUUCAAGGAUGUCACCUUCAGACAUUGUGUAAAUCCAGGCAAAAAUCAUUUACCAACGAAUUGGUUCCCAUUCGAUUUUAACCAAAAGAAAAUCGAUAAGCUUCUGGAAAGGGGUUAUGAAGAUGCUUUGAACACUAUCAAUUAUCCAGAUAUUGUAACUUGCCAGAAUCUCGUCAAAACCGUUGCUGACAUGAAAGCUCCACUCAUGCCUAAAGAAGUGACAGAUUUAAUCAAGGGAGAUAUCAACUAGUUGGAGAAAUUUUUGCAAAUGAAUUUCAUGCCAACUCAAUUUUUAUUG